CGUGACGUCAUCCGCCACGCCGGAAGCGUCGCCGCCAUGGAGGGUGAGGAGCUGGGGGUGGAACGCGGCCCGGCCCCGGCGCAGGCCUUGGCGGCCCCGCUGAGCCUUACAGGGGAGCUGUACCGGCGCCUGUCCGCGGCGGAGACGGGAGGGCUGUGCCUCCAGCCGCAAGGGGCAGAGGAGGCCAGAGCGUUUGUAAGCGCCUUCCUGAAGCGCAGCAUGCCGAAAAAAGAGGAUGAGGCCAUCCAGGACGUGCUCACUCGCAAAGCCGUGGUCCUGGAGCAUUACUCCAAGAAAAAGGCAAAGCCCCAGAGGAGGAAGGCGAAAGGGUUCACUGCCAAGCAGAGGCGGGAACUGCGGCUGUUUGAAAUCGAACCCGAACAGCGAAGAUAUGCCAUCUUCCUGCCUCUGCACGAACUCUGGAAGCAGUACAUCCGAGACCUCUGCCACGGGCUGAGGCCAGAUACGCAGCCCAGUGUGGUUCAGAGCAAACUGCUGAAAGCUGAUCUCCAUGGAGCCAUCAUCACAGUUGCGAAAUCAAAGUGCCCCUCUUAUGUUGGGAUAACAGGAAUCAUUCUACAGGAAUUUAAACAUGUCUUCAAAAUUAUCACUAAAGAGGACAAGUUGAAAGUUGUUCCCAAACUUAACAAUGUAUUUAGCUUGGAGAUCGAUGGAUUUGUGUCCUACAUCUAUGGAAGCAAGUUCCAGCUUAGAGCAAGUGAGCGAUCUGCAAAAAAGUUCAAAUUGAAAGGAACUAUCGACCUUUGAUUUCAUGGGAAAUAGAAGCAUGGACAGAACUGCCUGCUGUGUUCCUGCAGAGCAGGCUUCCCGGCAGACUGGAAGUGGAAUAGCUAUGAGAGGUGUUUCUGAAGCAUUUCUGCUUCCUGAAGAAUGACUAGUGUUGUCUUUAGAGCCUUCUCCCAGGCUGCUGGAGCUGGCUGUGUCCAUUUUGUUAUUUUUAUGGAAUGCUCUAGCUUUUAUUAAACCUACACAAUUCAUACUGAUUACCUGACUUCUAUUUCAGUUUAUGAUCAUAAAUUUGCACAAUGAAAUUAUAUCUUUUAACACUGAUAAAUAUUAUUGUUGCCUUCUGUAUAAACUGGGCUUUAUCUGCUUAUAACAAGGUGGCAGGUGGUGACUGCGGCUCAUCUGUCACCACCGCUCCUGGGGUGAAAUCAACAUCUCUGCCUGGUGCAAGCAAGUUGGUUCAGCUGAUGGGUUUUACCUUGGCUAUCUCCAUCCUUGUGGUUAAUACCAUUACAGAUAAUAUGUGUAAGAGUGAAAAUAUAAACACAGUGAACAUGUAAGCACCCAGUAAGCAAAUGGCUUGCAGGGCUGCAUUACCGAUACCAUAAUAUACCAUUUUUUUGAUACCAUAAUAAUUACUGCUAAUUACUGAUACCAUAGGUUAAACUGGGUGCACCUCCCUUAGCCAGACACAUUGUCAUGCAGAGCACGGGGAACAGCAGAGCACGGGGAACAACAGAUCACAGGAGGGAGGCACUGGAAGCUAGGAAUUCAAACAUGGAAAUGACCCCAUUCAAUCUUGUGCUUAAUUACUCACAAAACUACUAUAUGAAUAUUUAACCUCUACUCACAGAGCUUUACUCUAGCCUGUAUUUAAAUGAGGUCUGUUACGCAUUUAAAAAAAACACCUUUGCUCUUAUAUUAAGUGUUGCAUACCCAGGUUUUAAAGGCUGGCAUGGAGAGCACUUGUUUUGUAUCACUUGUAUUCCCGUACCAGAGUGCUCACAAACAAGAAGGCAGUUUCACAGCAUAAGCCUUCUGAACUCACUGACCACUGCUGAGGAAGCCUCUUCUGUUUAAACCUUCUAUAAACACUUGCUUUAGGGGUGCAAUAGGGGCUCUUACAGAGACCCUACACCGGCAUCAGGUGAGACCUUUUCAGGCGCAUCCUCAACCCCCUUUCAUCCCCUUUUUUCUACUGUGUACUUCCAAGAUCUUUUCGAUUGCACAGUCUCCAAUGGAGCAGGCAGGUGUGAGUUGUCUGGGAGCUGGUUCCCCUGCCACCAUCCAGCUAUUUGUAGCCAGCCCAGGUCAUUUCCUUAACAACACCCUGCAGAGCAGAGUACAGGGGAGCCAGCUCCAGGCAGAGCUCCUCACAGUGCCACACAGCCCAUUUCUCUGCCACCAGAAAGCCUAAGUGGAUCACUACCUCCAUCCCUCCCCAGUCCUUUAGGAGCACCAACCACUGGUCAGCCCUCAGGCCCAAAGUGGCCGCUGCCCUCCUGGACCUGCUGCUGGGAGAGGUUCCUUGGAGCUGCAUCUCCACAGCACCAUCCUGUGGACACAAACCAGACCCAGCAUCACUGAACCAAACAAAUCGUUUGAACUCACAGCAUAGGCAAUACUGCUUUUCACUAGAAGUGGACAGCUUCUCUGCUUCUUUGAAGUUAAGAAGCUGGUAUGGCAAUAAGUCUUUGUUGCAAUUCUGUGAAGCACUGCCCUUGAGAUGCUUUUGCUCAAGAUGUAUUACACAGGGAAAACCAGCUGCUUCACAGUAGUGGAAAACCAGGAGAAACACCCAAGACUUUUGAAAACAUGCAUAGACACACUUGAGAGUGCAAAAGAGUAGAGGCUUUUUCCAAUGAAUUUAUAUCUGUGAAGUAAGAACAAGAUGUGCCAAGGUCAUCAGACCCAAGCUGUUACUUUAUGCAGUCCCCAUUACGCAGUGUUCCCUGAAAUUAAAUGCCUUGGAUUCCUGCAAGAGACCAGAAGGAAAAACAAACAGAGAGCUAGGAAGUAUAAAUCAUAGCAGAAACUUUCCUUGCAGGACAAUGACCCGAUUUUAAUUUUGCUCAUAGCCUUCAGUGUAACAUCUAAUUAAGACAUCUGUUAAAUGUCUAUAAUAUUAAAUUAAUGGAGGAAGCUAAUAGAACUUUAUUGGCAUAUUCCGGUUAAUUAACAUUAAGGGCCUUUAAUGGAUGUCUUAAAUAGACAUCGUUAAUGGGUAUGCCAUAUAAAUUGGCAUUAGGCACAACCACGUUUCACAGUGCUGUGAAGGACGUACCAUCUUCUACCAUAUGGACACAGAUGAAGAUGA